AUGACCAUCGCCGACCCACCCCCCACGGACGGCUCGCACGCCGAGCAGGCCGCGCACCACCACUUGACAAGCGACGAUGUCUGUCUCGAGGACCUCGGUUACCGCCCCGAGCUGAAGCGCAACUUUAGCAAGAUGGAGACCUUUGGUGUCGCCUUUUCCAUCAUGGGUGUUGUCCCUUCCAUUGCCUCGACGAUUUUCUACAACCUGCCAUACGGUGGUCCUGUUGGAAUGAUCUGGGGCUGGGCCGUGUCCGCCUUCCUUAUCAUGUUUAUUGGUCUUGCCAUGGCAGACUUGGCGUCGUCCAUGCCGACUUCGGGUGGUCUCUACUUCUGGACCCACCGCCUCUCCCCCGCAAAGUACCGCAACUUCCUCGCAUGGAUGGUCGGAUACAACUCUUUCCUCGGUAACGUCGCCGCCAUCUCGUCCCUUGCGUGGGCUUGCGCGGGUAUCUUCUUCGCCACGCGCUCGCUCAUCGACGAGAACUUUGCUCCUAGCGUCGGUGCCACUUUUGGCCUUUACUGCGGCAUCCUCUUCUUCUGUGGCUUGUUCUGUGCCUACUGCACCACCAUCUUUGCGCGUCUCCAGACCCCUUCGGUUAUCUUGAACGUCGCCCUUGCCCUCGUGACCAUCAUUGGUCUCCCCAUUGCUCGUCGUGGCGAGCUCAACACUGCCAAGUUCACCUUCACCGGCUGGGAGAACCUUUACAACUACCCUAAGGGAUUCACCUUCUUCAUGUCGAUGAUGGCCCCCGUCUGGACUAUUUGUUCGUUUGACUGUGCCGUCUCGAUCUCUGAGGAGGCUUCCAACGCGUCGGUCGCCGUCCCUGCUGCCAUUGUUGGCGCCAUCGGUUCGGCCGGUGUUCUCGGCACUCUCAUCCUCAUCGUCCUGGCGCUCUGCAUGGGCCCUUCCGUCGAGGACAUUAACAACUCGCCCAUCGGCCAGCCCCUCGCCACCAUCUACUUCCUCGGCUUUGGAACCAAGGGCACUGUUGCUCUCUGGUCCUUCAUCUGCAUUUCGCAGCUUUCGAUGACCGCCUCGCUCAUCCUUCCCGCUUCCCGCCAGGCCUUCGCCUUUGCUCGUGACGGUGCCCUCCCCUUCUCCAAGUUCUUCUACCACGUUGACAAGUACUCGGGCACCCCCGUGCGCACCGUUUGGCUCGUCUGUGGUGCCGCCGUCCCCCUUGGUCUCCUUGGCUUUGCCGACCCCGCGAGCGGUGCUGCCAUCAACGCCAUCUUCGCCCUUGCCAUCAUGGGCCCUUACGUCGCCUACGGUAUCCCCAUCUUCGCCCGCGUUGUCUGGGGCAAGAGCCUCUUCAAGCCUGGCCCUUGGUACCUCGGCAAGCUCUCCAUCCCCGUUGCCAUCAUUGCCCUUGUGUGGAUGGUGUUUGCCUUUGUUCUGUUCUGCUUCCCCGCCGACAUGCACCCUUCCGCUGGCGAGAUGAACUACGCCAUUGUCGUCACCGUCGCCGUCUGGCUCUUCGCCAUUUGCUUCUGGUACUUCCCCAAGACCGGCGGCAAGACGUACUUCACCGGCCCCAGGACCGAGGACCUCACCGAGGACAUCCUCACGUCCGACUAUGCCGAGACCCACGACUACAACGGACACUCUGUGGACGCCAAGAAGGUCGACGGCGCCAGCAUAACCACUUCCCCAGUUGGACACCAUAGUUGA